CAUUCACCGGUAGAAUAUUUGUACAUGAAAAAACACACGGAAAUUGUGCAAUUUUCACCGUUUCUGCAACAUUCUUUGUUGACAUCCAAAAGAAGCAAGUUCAGAAGAUAGCUUUUAUGUUGGUAGAUACUAACAGAAAAUACAAUGGCAGAAGGAAGUGCCGAGAUAAAAAAGCUUAUAAAGCUCAGAAAGCAGAGACCGGCAUUCUCUCGUAUGAUUUCAUGGGAGAUGAGUCAGGCUUCACAAAAUCAGCCAGUGAAGAAAUUGAAACAAAGAAGGAAAAAGGUUUCUGCUUCUAGCCCUGAAGAAGCUGAUGAAAAUGCAGAGGGAGGAGAUAAAAACAUGCAUAACAGUGGCACAGACUCUAAUGAAAGCAGUGAAUAUGAAACAGCCUGUGAAGAUGAAGGUGAAAUUGUAGAAAGGACAGAAGGUUUAAGUAUUGCUGAUGCUGAGAGUCAGUAUGAAAGUAUUGGUACAGAUAUUUUAGAUUCUGUUUCUGACCUAGAUAUAGAUGAAGAUGAUGAUGAUGAUGAUGAUGAUGAAGACGAGCUUGAUGAAGAAGAUGAUUUGUUUAUGUGUAGUAUGGGCAGUGACACAGUGACAACUCAGUCACUAGGAGAAGUCCAGCAAGGACGAAGGAGACGACUGUCAAAGAAACAAAAAAGAAAAAGAAAAAAACACUUCAGAGUGGCAUAUAUAGAUGAUUUAUAUAAUCUUGGUAACUUAUUUGAUGCUACUGAUGAAAUCAAUGAUGUCUUUACUGAAGUAUUAGCAUCCGGGCCUGAUGUAGAGAUAAAAAAUAGAGUGCCUACCCUUGUUGAAUUGUGCUUGAAAGCAAAUAAAAGAAAACAACGGUCUAACUCCGAGAAAAAGAAGAAGAAGACAAAUGAUGCAGAACUUGACAAAAGUGGUUCACUUGUCUUACCUUAUGGAAUGAAGAAACUACUCUCGAGUUGGAGCUGGAGCCAGAAACAACUAGAAAACCAACUUUCUUUUUUCUUGAGCAAAGUAUUACCUGUGGUUGAGGAAAAAAUGAAAAACAAAUGUCAUAUAUGUGAUGAAAUUAGAAGUGAAGCAAAUGCCAGAUUCACUCUGCCUAAGAGAAGUGUAUGGACUGUUCUACCAUUUCCACCAGCAAAACGUAUAAUAGAAAAGGUGCAAUAUGGAUGUGAGAAAACUCCAACAUUUUUAUUCACUCCUACCAUGCAUUAUCACAGUGAAACACAAAAUAGUCACUACAGUUAUUUGGAUUACUACAACUAUGUGAAUGUUUGUUUGAGUGAUGCUAUGUGGGCUUUGGCUACAACAGUAGACCUUAUGCUGCCAAGUCAGACACAUGCUUCUGCAACCACUGCCAUUGUCCGUGUUAAGAGAGCUUUAAGUCUCAGGUAUAAGCAUCUUGUUGAUAUCUUGUUUGAGAAAGUUCUUCCUUACGUAAUGUGGGCUAGAGGAAAAGUUGCCAUUGCAACAGAUAUGUUUCGAAAUUUGGUUGAGAAAGAAACAGAGACUGAUGCCAAGGCAAUGUAUCUAAGUGAGAUAGCAAGGAUGCAUGCUAUGUUUGGUGACUCUAAGACAGCUGAACAGUUUUAUAGACUUGCUACAGAAACAGCCGUGGAAGACGUUCAUAGAGAAAGAAGGGACAGAUGUAUCAAUGAAGCAACAGAACAAAAACAGAUACUUCUAGCUAGUAUCUAUGAUACAGGUGUGCUAGAUAGAGAGAAAGCCAUACAGUCAUAUUCUUACUGGACGGGAGUGAAAAAUAUACCAACAGUGAGAAAUUCAACAAUGAUUGCGGGGCUUGAUGCUUUACUCUGUUAUCACCUAUCACACUGUACAGAUACAGGUUCAAAGCUCUAUGAUGAAGCAAUUUCCAAGUUAGAGAAAAUGACAAAGGAAUGUAAUUAUGCAUACUACUACCAGUCUUUGUUGCAUGCUCUACAGGGUUCUGCUGAUAUAUCAACAAGACUGUAUAGGGAAUGUAGAACAUGUUGUUUCCAUACACCAGGAGAAGCUGUUCUGCCACUAUUAGGCCGUAAGGUUAGAAAUCCAUGGCAACCAUUGAUUGACCUUGUUAAUACACAGACAUUAAAGGUCAAGCCUUUAGAGGUUGUGUGGAGAACAAAUUUGCAACCACCAAGAAUAACAAAGAACAGAACUAUGGAAGCACAGGUAAACAGUCUGAAGUUGAAUCUACGCCAGAAUGAAGCUGGUCAUGUGACAGGUGAUAUGCAGAUGAUGCUGCCCCCUAUAAGGGAUAUUUCCUUGGAUCCAUAUACAGGGUCUCUGAUGAUUGAUAACCUUCCAUCUCAUACUGGAAUGUGGACCUCAGCUUUUUUAUCCAGAGAUGACUUUCAUUCGUUUGAUUUACUGGUUCCUACCCCAGGAUUAGUUUAUUCAGGAGAAGAUGGGACCACAGUUCAUAUGGUGAAACCAAGCAAUACACUGAACAGUCUCAGAGAUAUUCCAUAUUACUAUUCCAAAUGGCCAUCUUGUUCUUUCACGUUACACUGGACAGGUCCUGAUGGCCAAGUGGCUAAACUCAACUUGAAUUCUGUGAUUAAGAAUGAAGCCAGGAAGAAAUUGUUGACACAGCUUCAUGGGAGGCGUGACUAUUAUAUGAACCAGUGUAAAUUCACAGAGGAGGAAUACCAGAUUUUGCUUAAACUGGUUGAUACCGUUUAUGAAAAAAACUAUGCAUUAAAUGAACAGGUUUUGUCUGGAGCUGUUAACACUCGAAGAUCAGAUAUUCAGAGAGCAAACAAGAAGAGAAAAAAGAAUGAAACCAUUCCAGCAAAACAGCCAAAGAAGUCACUGGCGUAUUAUUUAAAAAACAGUUCUCAGUCAGGCUUUAUAAAGUGGGAACUUAAAAGGGAGCCAUUUGUGUAUGGGAAGACAAUUGUACUGCAUGUGGAACAAAUUGGUGAAUCUGAUCAUUUGGUUUUUGUAAACUCUGAAGACAAGCACUCUUUCCUGUCUUGCAAUGUUCUAUCUGUCAAGGGCACAGUAUGGGUUAGCCAGGGCAGAAAUAAUUACACUGAUGAGGACUAUUUCAUGGCUGCUAACCAUAAUGAAUUGUGGGUGCAUAACAAGAAUGGAGAAACUGUUCUGUCUGUGCCAGUUAAAGUCGUUUCAACAGCAGCAGAAGAAGGAUUUCCACCAGUCAUUAUUUAUCCAAAGAUUUUUGGAGUCAACAAGGAAAGAAAUAGCAUCUGGUGUGCAGUUAUUGGCAUAGAAGAUGAGGUUCUUGAUAUAGAGGACAAACUUUGUUGGACAACUGGCUCAGUGUAUGAUGAGCUUACACAGGGAACCAACAUGGAACCUGCAGUUAAAAAGCUGGCAUAUGUAGGGAACAGCUGUACAGGCAAACUGUUGAUGGCUAACCUUGUUACAGGACUUGCAUUUAUUGAUCCUAACACAAUGGAAUUUGUUAUUGUAACAAUAAAGGAAGGGUGUGCCAGACAUUUUGAUUUUACCACUGGGAAUAACGUUAUGAAAGGUGACUUCGAGAACAUUGAAAUCCUUGCAGAGAAAGGUUUUGCCAGCGACAACAAAGAAGUAUAUCGUGUAGCAUUUGGUGUCAAGAAUAAGAUGUUUGUCCUUGACCUGUCACAUAAACAGGGAGAUUCUACAAUAGAUCUAGAAAUGAUAUGUAGUUUAGAACUGCCUGGCCUCGUCAAAGAAGUCUGCUUUGUGGGAAAGCAUGUUGGAAUGUUGAUUUCCAUUACCCAGCAUGGUGAUGAAACUGAGGAAUAUUACAGGGAACAUGUUUUCUUUUUCGACUUUGACAACCUUCUGCAUGGUGUACUUCUCUGUUUGGGCAAAGGGCCAAGGUCAUUUUUCCCAGUAUAUCUCCAUGGUAACCAAGAGUCUGAAAAUCAAGGGGAAAGAACUGCCAAGGCUGGAUGGUACGUGUAUCUGAGAGAUGGACGAGAUGGGAUCAUGUGCUUACAAUUACAUCACUGACUGGCAUGAUAUAAGACUGUGAUAGAAAUUGGAUAUUGAUUUAGUGUAAUUUAUUUAUUUGUAUUUUACCAUUUAAUUUUCUAACCAAACAGAGGACAUUAGCAAGACUUCCAUUCUGCACCAGACACCAGCCUCAGUUAACUGACACCAUGUACUGCAGUAUGUACCAGUCUGUGUAUAAAAUGGCUCAGUGUUACUACAUACAUACUGUAUGUCUUUGCAUUACCCCUAUUAUACAUGUAUUAUUGUAGAUGUUACAAUACCAUUUUCAUUGAAAGGCAGAUUGUGUUCUGCUAUUUCAUUUUAGUAGUCAACAUGGUACUGGUAUAUGGAUAAUUUGUCAUUUCCUCUGGUUAUUGAUUCUUUUAAAGAGAAUUCCUAUAGUUUUUUUUCCUUUCUUAGAAUUUUUUCAAAUUCACAUAUAUGAUAGGAAAAUUUGUGCUGAAAACAGUGAACAGAUAAAAACAAUGGGUCACCAGGCUUGUUUUUGUGAAAAAUUGUUUUGAACACACCCACUGUUGCUGAAACUGCCAGCGAUUUUUCAACAUUUUCAUAAUUUUCUGCUUUUUAUACGCCCGUUUGAAAAACGGGACGUAUUAUGGGAACGCCCCUGGCGGGCGGGCGGGCGGCGUCCACAGACUUUGUCUGGAGCAUAUCUUCUACAUGCAUGGAGGGAUUUUGAUGAAACUUGGCACAGUUGUUCACCAUCAUGAGAAGGAGUGUCAUGCGCAAGAACCAGGUCCCUAGGUCUAAGGUCAAGGUCACACUUAGAGGUCAAAGAUCAAAUUCAAGAAUGACUGUCCGGAGCAUAUCUUCUUCAUGCAUGGAGGGAGUUUGAUGAAAGUUGGCACAGUUGUUCAUCAUCAUGAGACGGAGUGUCAUGCGCAAGAACCAGGUCCCUAGGUCUAAGGUCAAGGUCACACUUAGAGGUCAAAGGACACAAGAAAGAAAACUUUGUCCGGAGCAUAUCUUCUUUAUGCAUAGAGAGACUUUGAUAUAACUUGGCACAAAUGUUCACCACAACGAGGCGGAGUGUCAUGCGCAAGAACCAGGUCCCUAGGUUUAAGGUCAAGGUCACACUUAGAGGUCAAAGGAUACAAGAAUGAAAACCUUGUCCGGAGCAUUUCUUCUUCAUGCAUAGAGGGAUUUUGAUAUAACUUGGCACAAAUGUUCACCACCACGAGGCGGAGUGUCAUGCGCAAGAACCAGGUCCCUAGGUCUAAGGUCAAGGUCACACUUAGAGGCCAAAGGUCAGGUACAAGAAUGACUUUGUCCGAAGCAUUUCUUCUUCAUGCAUAGAGGGAUUUUGAUGUAACUUGGCACAAUGAUACACCAUCAUGAGACGAAGUGUCAUGCGCAGUUCCCUUUUUAGAAUUACUUCCCUUUGUUGUUACUAUAAAUAGCUUAUAUUGUAACUUUUUCAUUACUAGUCGUAGGGAAAAAUCGAGACCACUUUUCUGUAGUACAACAUGCAUGCUACAUCCAAUUAUGAGGUGUAUUUUGACCAAUCUCUACCUGGUAAAGAUUUUUGUGUGGACUUACAAUUUUUAUUUUUAUUUUUUUUUUUUUUUUUUUUUUUUUUUAAGAUUACCUUCCCUUAGUUGUUACUAUAAAUAACUUAUAUUGUAACUUUUUUAUAAUUGACCGUAGGGAAAAAACAAGACCACUUUUCUGUGGUACAACAUAGAUGUUACUUUCAAAUUUUAGGUGUAUUUUAAGGUAUCUCUACCUGGUAAGGAGUUUUUUUGUGGACUUAGAAAAAACCAAAGACCUACAAUGAUUACUAAACAACCACAAAAUUAAAAUUCCCUUUGCAAAUACAGGUGCUAGAGUAAAGAAAUUUGCUGUGACGGGCGUAUAUUGUGACAUUCUGGCACUCUUGUUUAUAAAUACUAACCAAAAUAUACAUCAAGACAGCACAAUUAGGUUUAUUCUUAUUAUAGAUUUUAUUAUAUACUUAUUUGAUAUUAUAGUCAUAUUUGUAAUACUAUAUCCUUACAAUAAUGGGUACAAAUGAAAAAAAAUAUUGUUUCAUAUUCACUUUUGUGACCUUUUUUCAAUGAAAAAUACCCAUAGUGAAGAAUAUCUUUUUAAAUUUUGAAAAAACUGUUUCAUAGAAUGUUUUCUUGUUUUUCUUGUAUAUAAAUAAUUGCAUUGUGAGCAUAAAAAUGGCUAAAAAUGUAUGGGUCACCAGGCUAAAUUUUAUGUUAAGACCGCUUGAAUACAACACCUGUUCGGGCGAAAAAUGGCGUGAAACUGACCAAAUAGAUUACAUGUAUAUCUGCUAGAAGUUAAAAAAAGUUUUAAAAGUUCUUAAUUCUUUCUAUAAUUGAAUACUAAAUAAUCUGAAAGGUGUUACUGUCUUAUCAGUACUAAGUCAAUUGCCUUACAUUAUAUGAACAAAACUGUCUUUGCACUAAAAUGCGUUGUGAAAACACAGUCACAAAAAUGGCAAGAUACCUGUCAGGCAUGAUACUUGUCAAUAUAACAUAAACCAGUAUCAACAUUUGAUUACUGAUAAAACUUAUCAAAAAUGUUAUUUCAUCCAAGAUUCCUCAUAUUUAAGAUUGUCUGUCACAUGUUUCAACAAAUGUUGACUUCAUUUCAGUUUUCUAUAGAAAGUGUCGGCUGCGCAGAAAGAUGCGCAUAAAAAACUAUAGGAAUUCCCUUUAAGAAGUUUUGCCUGUUUGGUUCAAACAAAUUCCAACAGUGUGUUUCAGAAUAUACAAAAAAGUCCACCAGCUGAGCUCAGUAGGGAGAGCGUUGGCCUAUGGAUCGUGGGGUCUUGAGUUCGAUAGCUGGGAGGGCGUAUGUUCUCCAUGACAAUUUGAUAAAUUACAUUGUGUCUGAAAUCAUUCAUCCUUCACCUAUGAAUCAUGUGAGGAAGUUGGCAGUUGCUUGCUGAGAACAGGUUUGUUCUGGUACAGAAUCCAGGAACACUGGUUUGGUUAACUGCCCACCAUUACAUAACUGAAAUACUGUUGAAAAAAUGUUGAGUCAAACCCAAAACACACAACAACAACAACAAAAAAAGAUAAGGAUUUGUGCUUGAUUUUUUGUGCCCCCCCCCCCCCCCCCCCCCCUCCUCCAUUGAGUGGUGUGGGCAUAUAGAUUUGGUCUUGUCCGUCCGUGCGUCCGAAGUUCGUGAUGCGCCUAGCUCGAGAAGUAUUUGACAUAAAUUGAUGGAACCUUGCAUGAGUCUUUAUCAUGAUAUGAACUUGCGCACCUCCUAUUUUUUGUCAGGCUCCGCCCCCUAUUUUCAGAGUUAUGGCCCCUGAAAUAGUCAAAAAUGCACAUUUUCACCUUGUGACAUGCCUAGCUCAAAAAGUAUUUGAUAUAGAUUCAUGAAACCUUGCAUGAGUUUUAAUCAUGAUAUGAACUUGCGCACCUCCUAUUUUUCAUCUGGCUCUGCCCCCUAUUUUCAGAGUUAUGGCCACUAAAAUAGUAAAAAAUGCACAUUUUCACCAUGUGACACGCCUAGCUCAAAAGGUAUUUGAUAUAGAUUCAUGAAACCUUGCAUGAGUCUUAAUCAUGAUAUGAACUUGCGCACCUCCUAUUUUUUUCAUCUGGCUUCGCCCCCUAUUUUCAGAGUUAUGGCCCCUGAAAUAGUAAAAAAAAUGCACAUUUUCACCUUGUGACACGUCUAGCGAAAAAAGUAUUUGAUAUAGAUUCAUGAAACCUUGCAUGAGUCUUAAUCAUGAUAUGAACUUGGGUACCUGCUAUUUUUAGCUGGACUAUUCAUAGAAUAGUAGAGCUGUUGGACUCACCCAUGCGUCCACGUCCGCGUCCCGAUUUGGUUAAGGUUUUGUAUGUAAGCUGGUAUCUCAGUAACCACUUGUGGGAAUGGAUUGAAACUUCACACACUUAUUCACUGUGAUAAACUGACCUACAUUGCACAGGUUCCAUAACUCUAUUUUGCUUUUUUACAAAAUUAUGCCCUUUUUUCAACUUAGAAAUUCUUGGUUAAGGUUUUGUAUGUAAGCUGGUAUCUCAGUAACCACUUGUAGGAACGGAUUGAAACUUCACACACUUAUUCACUGUGAUAAACUGACCUACAUUGCACAGGUUCCAUAACUCUAUUUUGCUUUUUUAUGAAAUUAUGCCCCCUUUCCGACUUAGAAAUUCUUGGUUAAGGUUUUGUAUGUAAGCUGGUAUCGACAGUACACACUAAUGGGAAUGGAUUGAAACUUCAAACACUUGUUCACUGUCAUGAUCUGACAUGCACUGUAUAGGUCCCAUAACUCUACUUUGCAAUUUUUUCAAAAUUAUGCCCCUUUUUCGACUUAGAAGUUUUUGGUUAAGUUUUUGUAUGUAAGCUGGUAUUUCAUUAUCCACUUAUGGGAAAGGAUUGAAACUUCACACACUUGUUCAAUUUAUGAGCUGAUAAGCACUGUGAAGGUUCCAUAACCCUUUUUCCCAUUUUUACAAAAUUAUUCCCCGUUUUCGACUUGUAUUCAUUCAAUUGACAAGGCUGUUGAAUAGUCGAGCGUUGCUGUCCUCCGACAGCUCUUGUUCAUUUGGGUCCGCCCCCUAUUUUUAGAGUUAUGGCCCCUGAAAUAGUCAAAAAUGUACAUUUUCACCUUGUGACGCACCUAGCUCAAAAAGUAUAUAAUAUAAAUGGUUGAAAACUUGCGUAAGUCUUUAUCAUGAUAUAAACUUGCACACCUCUAAUUGUUUGGCUGGCUUCACCCCCCCCCUUUUUUUUUUUAGACUUAUGGCCCCAGAAAUAGUAAAAAAAUGCACUUUUUCACCUAAUUAUGUGCCUAGCUCAAAAAGUAUUAGAUGUCAAUUCAGGAAACCUUGCUGGAGUCUUUAGCGUGAUGUGACCAUGCACACUUGGCAUUCUUCUUGAGAAUCUUAGCUCUUAUUACAGAGUUAUGGGCCUUGAAAUAGCCAAAAUAGUGAAUUUUUUGUUUGUGAUGCUCAUAGCUCAAAAAGUAUAGAGCCUAGAAUAGUGAAUCCUUUGCAUAAAAUGUUUGUUGAGGCUAUACCCCAUUAAGACUGCAAACAUUUGAAUUAUUGCCCCUUAUUUGUGACAAAUGUACCAGUGGGGGGCACACCCUGUGUCAUAUAGACACAUUCUAGUUAUUACUUGAUAUAGAUAGAAAACUACAUACCUUAGAAUUUCAUUGAAACUUCCAUGUUAAGAAAAAAUACUAGUGUAGAUUUCAAUGAAUUAUAUCACCUAGAGGAGGAAUCUGUGUUCUAUGGUCACACACUUCUAGUGUUAAUUUGAGCAGUUUUGUUCAGCAGAAAAAGAAAUGAAAUUUACUAAGCAGUUAUAUAUAAAUGUGUACUUUUUGUGUAAUUUGUUUUCUUUUCUUGUAUGUUUCAAAUAUUUUUAUUUCUCAUUAUUUUUCUAACCAACCACACGAAUGUUUAUUAAGAAAAGUUAAUUUAACUCCUGGUAUCAAAGGUACUUGAUUUGUCAGAAAACAUGGAUGACAGAAGGCAUGGUCACUUUACACUGCAGAAUCUUUAAAAACCUGUCAGGAAACUGCUGGCAUUAUUUUGAAAAUAAUUCCGCACAAAUGUUCCUUGACUGGCUACUAAGAUUGUUCACAUUUUUUUGAUUCAUCAAAAAAACGUUCUACCAGAGCUAAAACAACAACAGAAAAACAACACCGCCUUUAAUCUAUGGUCCUAUUUUGAAAUCAUUUCACAGAAAUUCUUUUUCCUCCAAGAUAGUUUUAUGUAAUAAAAAUAACAUGGCAGCCAGAGCUAGAAAUAGAAGAAUUUUCAAAUGUAUUCAUAUCUCAUAUGCCAUUGGUUGGACUUAGAAAAACACACAUGUUAAUGGUCCAUGUUUAUAUAUAGUGAAACCUUAAAAAAAAUCAUUUUUCAAGCACCACUACCAAAAUUGCAUGAACAUGUUUUCCUUAUGUGACCCUCUACUAGAGUUGUUCAAACCAGUGGUACAACUCUGGUGAGCAAUCUAGGGCCAUCAUGGUCCUUUCGUCUUGUAGUAAAGAUUGAUUUUAGUACAUAAGCAUGACUUUAUACGGCAGAGUGCCUUAGAAGAUGCAUGAACUUGUGGUUUUAAAUAGGGUAGGGGACCUGUAAUUAUGUAAAUAGGGUAGGGGACCUGUAAUUAUGCAGUAGUAAGUGACAAUACUCAACUCUCAUGUUUAAUUGUGUUAUAACUUUAAUACCUGUGAUAAGACAUAUUUUAUAUACUGGAUUUUUUGUGAUGUUUAUAUUUGAAUUGUAUUUUUACUUUAAUGGAAAACAGAAGUGGUUGUCACAUUCUAUUUUAUUUUAAGUCAAUUGACAUGUUUUCAGAUAGUUUAUACUUUGUUUGAUACUAUAUGAUUAUAUUCUAUUUAUUAGUUUUCUUUACAUUGUAUCUUUAACUGAUUGUAUACAAAAAUAUUCACAAUAAAAUGUAAGUAAAUUUA